GCAUAGUUCCUUCUCACCUCCCCCCACCCACCCCAUAAAUGGUGACAUAACUGUUUUCCUUCUGUGGUUCUGAAAUUAUUGCUUAAUAUAUGCAAUCCAAAAGCUUCCUUUAAUCUGUUUGGCUCUCGACCAUUGAGUCGAGCAUUCUCAAAAGUCAAUUUAGUUCCGGAUUGCAACUGAAGGCAAAUAUCCUACAUUCGAUUAGUGUUCCCUGGAUAAUCAUCGCUUCAGGAGAAACUGGAGUAAAAAAGAAAACAAAAAUACGUUCGACUAAUAUCAUAAACUGAAAUUCUGUGACACCGUUGCAAGUGAACUAAGACGAUGAGAGCGCACAGAGAGGGGAAGUUUCUCAUGUUUCUCGUCUCACUGAGUUUAACUCAAGCAAAUAUAACAUCCUCGUGUGGCACGACGGACAGUUACUUGGAAGUGCAAGAGGGUAAAAAGGACAACACAUUCACCUGCACAGGACUGUCUGCAAACGACAUCGUGACGUGGAACUUGCGGGAGAAUGACAUCUUCUCUACUAACCCUGACCUUGGUUACUGCCUGCCUCGUCUAUCAAAUGGAAGUUUUCCUCCCUGUGAAAUGCCGUAUUAUCCAUAUUUCAAACCGAGCAGACUUUCAGAUGAUGCAGGAAUAAUGAUUGUUAAUUCAUCAUCAUCUUCAGCUUCGACCUUUUUCGACAGAGGACGAAUAGUCUGCUCAAUUUUGCGGUCAACCAGUGCUGGUUGUCGCUUGGACUACAUAUAUUCGGCUGAAAACAUUUCUUGCACGGUUCAGUUCAGUAACGAUUUCUGGAGCAUGCUUGGCCAGUGUGACAUUAAAAAAACCCGAUCGUCACAAAAGCGGUACAGGUGCGAGUGGAUACAGACAAAAGAGUCACCAAGAGAAGAAAUCCUUAUCGCUAACACAUCAAUGACUGUGGCGCCCUCUGUGGGGAAUUACGUCACUGGAUGGUGUAACAUCACCAGUUACCUGCCACCUGUCGGUCAGUACACUUACAGUGUGACCCUUGUUCCUGGGGAAGUAACAAUCAAUGCGAGUUUCGUGGGAAACAAUAAAAUAGUUCGCCCCUCAAGUAAACCUAUCCACAACUGUCCACAAUACAUACCAGAAGGUGACAACCUCAGCUGCACGUGUACUUUGAGUGACCUGGGCAGUCCUCCCGGUGUACUACAGUGGAAUACAACGGGAUCAGCAGAAUUACGUCUUACUUCUGUUCAGGCUGGUAAUACUGGUACACACACCUGUCAGCUCUGGUGGAACAAUACAGUCGUGCAGUCCGUGGAGUAUAACUUUACUGUGACAUAUGGACCAAAAACCGUGACAGCUGUGGUGCUCAGCUCUCAACCAUUUGAUACAAAUGGAUUACAGGACAUAGGACUGAACUGCUCAGUCUCUGGAUCAAAUCCACCCUCAACAAUCUCCUGGAUCCGAUCAGACAAUAAAAGAGUUCUGUGCAACACUCAGCUGUGUACCCUAACCCCCAGGCCUCCUGAUGACGAUGGUUUGAAGAUUGAAUGUCUGGCCACAAACCCUGUCACCAACAGAACCAACUCAAGCAGUGUGACACUCGCACUCAACUACCCUCCUACAUCACCGCCAGUGAUCACAGGAAACCCGACUCUCCAUGAGGGCCAGCCUGUGUAUGAGGGAGACAGCUUGACUCUAACAUGUACAGUACGAGGCGGUAAACCUUCUAACGCAACUGUCAUAACGUUUACCUGCCCCAACAGGACAGACACACCUGACAGCAGCUUCAACUCAUCCAGUGUCACCAGCAGCUUGACCUUUGAUCCCGUUACUUCUUAUAACCAUGGCAACUGCAGCUGUACCGCCGCAUGGAAGAGUUAUGAUUGGUACAAACAGAAAUCUAACUGGAACAUCGAUGUUUAUACCUCUCCAUCUAUUCCAGUAAUUUUCCCCCUCAGUGACAUACCGGGAAGACCUGCGUAUCCUUUCAUGGCGGGUACCUCAGGUAGACUUGGAUGUAGAAGCAAUCAGACAGGUCGACCAGAAGCCACCUACAGCUGGCCUGUUCCCGCUACAGGUCAGGCUUCAGGUAGUAACCUGACUUUCUACAACCUGUCGAGAGAAGAUAACGGGAGAACAGUGAAGUGCAGGGCCAGCAACGAUUACACAGAGAACAGGCGGCCUGUUGAUGAUGCUACUCUUGUCCUACAGGUGUACUAUGAGCCCGUCGUCAGCUUCACACGUUUUUCCGAUGGAAAUGAUUGUAUUGAGGUAUCCAGUCUGCCUGAUUACAAACAGUGUGUUGUUACCGAAGGACAAAGGAUUCACAUCAACUGCACUGCUGACAGCAACCCAUCCCCUUUAUCAUUCAGGUGGCUUAGUCAAAACAAAGAUGUCUACUCUAACUCAAGUGAACUGCUUAUCACAUCUGCUGACCACACCAUCCACAACGGUGACUACAACUGUACGGUGGUCACGAAACAAAUGAACAACGACAGCCGCCUACCUCUAACAUCAUUUGCCAUACUGACUGUUAUUGUUGGUUACUCUCCCAGUGUCCUGAACUUUAGUAUAAAUGACAUGGACAACAUGACUGUAAAUGUUCGGGAAAAUUCCAGUGUGGACAUAAAGUGCCUUUGUAAUGGAAGACCUGCUCCAAGCAUUCAACUCAUAAACGGAACAGAACAUUUCCUAAUUCAGAGUCAACCUACAGAAGACAUCGUUAUUAAUGAACAGAGUUGGUGGGUCAACUUUACCAUAGACCAAGUUCCGUGUGAAGCGUCGGGAGUCUACAGAUGUGAUGUCAACAACAGUCUUGGACAGGACAGUCAGAGUCGAACGUUACUUGUGUACUGUGCUCCCAGAGGAACAUUUGGUGAUAAAAAUAUCAAUACUACAAGCGGUAAAGGAGAGCUUACUGUCAGAAUGACUGCAUACCCCACGCCGAUGGUAAAGAAAAUAAUAUUUCUUGGCCACGGCAGUUCUGAUGGAGAGCUAGUGAAGGAAAACAAUAUUUAUGUGGAAUGUUCUGCUAGUUCUUUGGCCCCAGCUGCAGUCACCUGCAAUGUAACAGUUAUCAAUAUAGGAAACAGCGACGAAGGAUUUUACAGAAUCGUUUUCAGCAAUGGUUUUGGAGAUAUGCCUUUCACCUUCUUUGUUAAAGUUUCAGAUCAAGCGAGCCAAGUAAAAAGUAAAGACAAUAAUAUUCCAGCAAUAAUUGGCGGAGUCUUUGCUGUGUUGGUAGUGGUUGUCAUCGUAAUUAUUACAGUAUUUUUGGUGCAGCGUCAUAGAAGAAAUGGUGGUCUCUCCCAGUCAAGGCAUGAUCAUCAUCCAAAUGUAAAUCAAAGGAAGACUGCUGAUGAUGGUGUUGAAAUGAUUAAUAACGACACGUAUGCAGGACCCGAAGCCUUUGCAGCAUCACUUGCCAUGAAUUCAGACUCAGCCUAUGAGAACGUCGCUUUUGAAAACACACAAGGGGAUCAUGUAAACACCUCUGGUAACAAUAGUAAGCAAGAGAAAAACGACAUUACAGUACAACGAAAUAAGGAUGGCUUAAUUUAUUCGUCUCUAGACUUUGAUGAAGCAAAGAGUGCUAAACCACCACCUCCAAAACACGAAGAAACUGAAUACAUAUCUAUUGAUCUGAAGAAAACAAAAUUACUGCAGCAUGAAUUGAACAGCAAUUAAUGUCGGCAGUUUGUCAAAAGUGUCUUUAAAUACCGCACCAUUAGAUAAAAAGGAAAAAUAAUACCUUAUACUAAUUUUUUGCUAAGAAAUAUACAAACGGAGCAAUAUGGGGCAUUUUUUGCUAAUGGCUCACAGAUAUCUUUUUGGAAACAGUGGCUCCCAUUUCUCCCUGUGAUUUUUUAAAUAACGGUAUUAUUUGUAAAAAUAAGGGGACUGUAACCGAGAGAAGUCUCGAGACAAUUGCCGGAGACAGCAAAUGUUAAAACCUGGUUUGGUUUGUGUAAGUUUGCCUAUAUUGUAGCAGAUGGGUUACCUUGUUAUUUGUUAGUUCUACUAUCUUAUGUGUAUAUUAUAUUGUUUAUGUCUAUGUAGAUUGGUUAAUGCUAAAAUAUUAUAUAUACCAUUGUUCGUGUUCGUGUUGUACAUGUAUGUAUUGUGGAAUAAAACAAGAAAUGUACUAACAGUAUUAAUAAUGUUUGUAAGAAUGUCAGUUACACUUUUUUCCAAUGAUGUUCAAAGUAAAGGUGACUUUCCUAUACUGUCUGUAAUGUGCCUAAAAUUGAAAUAACAUCCUUUAGAUGCAAAGUAUUUUUUUAACAGAAGAAGGGCAUUAAAUGACAUAUUAAACCAGAUAAGUAGUGUAAAGUCUUGAACAGCCAGUGGUCAGUUAAGAACGCGAGAUAUUUAACGCAGACGUAAUAGCUAAGUUGCUCGAUCCCACCGUAGCGAACCCGAGUGUCACUAUUACAUCAUUUACAUGCAUUGAGACAGUAAAUGAAUCAAUGCUGCUUAUGUCUUAAUUAAAGUGUAUAGUCAUUGCCAAACGAUCUUCAAAUGUCAAAAUCAUUUUCUUUCUAGUUACUCUUCAUUUUAACAGUAGAUGCAUAUACGUAUUUGUUACAAGAUGACAUGGUAUUUUGGGUUGUACAUAUAAGUUACAAAGUGCAUUUGCACUCUUCAUGUUUGCUGUAAUUCUUUUGUUUACAGCCUUAAACUUUUAGGAAAAACAAUGUAAACACACCAACAUGAGCUCUAUGAUUCAGAAGCAAUUUAAACCUUUUUAUGCUCUCAAAUCUCCUGAAGUUUGUAAAUAUAUUGCUUGUGAUAAGAUAAAGAAAACGUAUUUUGCUUUAAAUGAAGUAACAUGAUAUCAAGAAUUUAAGGAAAAUUUUUUUCAGUUCUAAUUUAAAUAUCGUAUUAUGUAAAUAUUGCGUUGUUAUUUACAUUUUGAAGCAUUUAUUCAUGGUUCCAAACAUUUUAUACUUUAUACUGAUUAAUUUAAAGAAGUAUAUAUUGACUUAUGUAAUUAAACAACUCUCUCUCUCUUUAUAUAUAUAUAUAACAAAUUCAAUCCGGAAAUCAGAACUAAAUAAAAUAUUUGUAAAUUUGCUUUCGUACAAACAAAUAAACGAUGCUCAU